AUUGGUGGGCAGGCCAUUUGUGGAUCCUCCGGCCCUUUCCUUUCUAAGUAAUUAGCAGAACCCCCUUGGUUUCCUUUUUCUUCCUCCAGGAAAGAAAUCGCAUCAUAUCCCUACAAAAUUAAGGGAAAUCCCCAAUAAUGCUACCACCAGAUUAAGCCAUCCUCUCCUCCCCCUUAAUUCAGAUCCAUCCACCCGCACGUGCCUUCAUUCAGAUGGUGGCGACGCCGGCGGCUGCCACGGCGGCGGCGGCCGAGGGGAACAAUAAGCAGAUCGUGGCGGAGGCGGCAGACGGCAAGAAGCGAGGGCGGCGCGGGCGCCGCGAGAUGCGGCGGAUCGAGGACGCAACAAGCCGGCAGGUGACCUUCUCCAAGCGGCGGAGCGGGCUCCUGAAGAAGGCGUUCGAGCUGUCCGUGCUCUGCGAUGCCGAGGUCGCCCUCGUCGUCUUCUCCCCGCGAGGCCGCCUCUACCAGUUCGCCUCCGCCACCGACUUGCAGAAGACGAUUGAUCGCUACCUGAACCACACAAAAGACACACCUACAAUUGAGAAAGCUGAUGAAACAGGUGUAGAGAGGUGGAAAUAUGAGGCGACAACCUUGGGCAAGAAGAUAGGCGCAAUUGAGGCAUAUGAGAGGAAGCUGUUGGGGGAGAGCCUUGGAUCGUGUUCAAUGCAGGAGCUACAAGAGCUGGAAGCGCAGUUGGAGAAGAGCCUAAGCAGCAUCAGGCAAAAGAAGCAAAAGAAGCUGAUGGAUCAACUUUUGGAGUUGAGGGAGAAGGAGAGGAACCUAUUGAAGGAGAACGCGAUGCUCCGUGACCAGUGUAAGGCACUGCCUCUGCUAGAGCUGAAUAAGGGCCUGCAUGCUGCUGGACCUUCAACAACAAGUACUGGUGCUGGCGGCCAAGAAGAAGAGGAUCGGCGCAUGGAGGACGUGGAGACGGAGUUGGCCAUCGGAAUUGGAAGACGGACUAGCAAUGUCGUCGGCGAGCCGCAGCAUUUAGCAAGCAACUAACAGUUAUACAUUGUGGUUCGAUCGGCGCAUGUAGUGGUCACGCAGCCCAUCAAGUCAAGGAUUAUUUUAUGUAUUCAUGUAUGUGUGUGUAUGUAUGUGUGUGUGUGUGUGUGUUAAACAUAAUACAUACAUGAAGCACUGCAAUAAUCAUGCCCGAAAUCAACUGGAGGUGUUCUGCAGGUGUAUGCGUCGAUAGCAAGCGAUCGAGGUCAAACUCAGGCUCCGCAGUAUUGUUAGCGGGGUUUGCGUAGCUACUCUGCACUGUUAGUUGUCAUCAGGUCGAUCGGUGCGGGAAUUAACUCCAUUGCUGCUUUUUUUAAAUGUAAACUUGACUGCUGCUUAA